AUGGCGGACGAUGGGCAGGGGCGGCUCAGGACUGAGGGCGACCGGGCGGGCGGCGCGGCCGUGGCGGGCGGCGAGAUGCUGCUGGGCGUGGGGCUGCUGGCCCUCGUGCUGCUGGCGGCCUACCGGCUGUACCUGCGCUGGGGAACGCGGAACGGGCCGGGGGGCGCGGCCCGGCAGGGCGAGGCCGCCGCGCUGCCGCGCAUGAAGCGCCGGGAUUUCUCCCUGGAGCAGCUGCGCGAGUUCGACGGCGCUCGCAACCCUCGCAUCCUCCUGGCUGUCAACGGCAAAGUCUUCGACGUGACCAAAGGCAGCAAGUUCUACGGGCCCGAGGGUCCAUAUGGAAUAUUUGCUGGCAGAGAUGCCUCCAGGGGACUAGCAACUUUCUGUCUAGAUAAAGAUGCACUCAGAGAUGAAUAUGAUGACCUAUCGGACUUAAAUGCUGUACAGAUGGAAAGUGUAAGAGAGUGGGAAAUGCAAUUUAAAGAAAAAUAUGACUACGUAGGUAGACUCCUAAAACCAGGGGAAGAACCAUCAGAAUACACAGAUGAGGAAGAUACCAAGGAUCACACUAAACAGGAAUGAACUUUGUAAACAACCAAAGUCAGGGGCCUUCGGAACUGCAACCUCUUAUUCCCCAUCACAGAAUGUCCUGCAUCUUUGGGUACAGUUCAUCUGCUGCGAAAAAAACAUUCAACAGGUUUUGUACAAGGAAAAUAAUAUACUCACAAAUGAAGAUUUGAAUACUAGACAUUCUUUGUGCUGCCAAAUUUUUUGUUGCAGUUUAUUUGUAAUGUCUGGUUAGGCUUCGUUAGUGAAGAGGGGCCAGGGAUUUAAAGGCAAAAAUGCUAUUCCUUUUUAUCAGUAAGCUGAAGCCUUCAACUAGUGUACCUUACAAGCUAUCUAAAGACGUGAGUCUUCAAGCUCAGAGGAAGGUUUGAAUCUUGUUUCAUGUGUGUCUUCUCCUUCAGCAUUAAAAGAAAGAUGUACUCAUCCACAUCAGCAUCAGUAGGUGAGACUACUGAAGCCAGUGUUAAAAAAUGUGAAUUUCCAAUUUUGUUUUGUAUGUGGGCGCUAGUAGCCCGGCAGAAUACUUCAGUUCUUUAAGAAAAGUCCAUGUAGAUUAGGAUGGGGAUAAAAUUCAUCCUUUUCUCAAAAGGAUUGGGUAAAAGUUUCUUCUACAACAACUAUUAUCUGAAGCCUGCCUCUCCCCCUUUUUCCCAUCCUCAAAAUGAAAUCAAAUAUUAAUUGUGCCUUAUUUUGCUUACACAGACUUGAAUUGUUUUAAGGGACAGCCCCCAAAUUGCGGUUUCAUAGUCACUACAAGCAGCAGUGAGACUGAAUUGGAAUGUUCUGUUGACUGGAAAACCUUGAUGUCAUUCUGUGUAUAGAAUGUAAAAGAGGAGUACUCAGUGUUACUGCCAUAUGUUAAUACUACAUAUACUUAAAUUAGCAUUGUGAUGGCCAAAUGCAUACUCCCAUGCUUCUUUUUAAGGAAUUACAAACACACAAAAAGGUCUCCCUUCCUCCUCUUCCAGAAGCUGCCUAACUUUUGGGAGCAUAGCCUUCACACCCCCGUAGAGUGAAGGGGCAUUGCGCGCGUGUGUCUGUGUGUGUGUCUGUCUGAAUGCAAGACUUGGGAGGGAUUGUUUCUGCAGAUAUUGUAAAUACGAGUACCAUUUUAAUAAAGCAUGUACAAUACCACAUGUGCUGUCAGACUUUGUGUAGAAGCUGUUAAGCAGAGCUGGAAUAUGAUGUAAUAAAAAGGGGGAGAAGUCUGGGCUAGAUGAAGCAGCCACUGCUAUUAAUACUGCUCUUUGUCCUGGUGGAGUUAUUUUCCCUUUCAAGUCCCAGCUGUUGAGGAAUCUUGAAGACUUACUCGGGUAAGUCUGUAUUUAAGAGACUAAACCUAUACCAGUGAAUUUAUGGUGGGGGGAAAAGGUGAUAAAAAUAAAGGAUUUUACUGACUGCGUGCAAGGUAGAGUAUAAGGAAUGUCACAUACCAUUAACAGGACAAGAACAGCAGCCUGGUGGCUUAUGUUUGUACCUCUGGUUGCAGAUUUCACUAUGUUAAGUCUACAGUAACAAUUUAUAUACAUACCUUCCGUUGAACUGUAAACUGAAAUUCCAGGGAUGACUACUUUUUUUAUUCCUGUUUGAUUGAAGGGGACUGAUACUGAUAUAAAUGAAAUAAACAAAACCUCCUCUGUGGAAUCGUGUAACUCAUGUGGCCUAGAAGGCAGGAUGAAUUCUCUCUCUUUCAUCUCCAGCCUUGAAACAGAAUUGUUUUGGCAUGGAAGAAGCAGCAGAAAUGGAGCUGUUUCUCCCUAGAAGUUGUGUUUGCAGGCUCCUGUCGAGGCUGGACACUCCUGGGAGGUGUGAAUUCAGUAAGUGCUGCCUUCUGCUUGAGUCACAUCCUUAUAAGCUGAGCAACGGUGCAGUGCCCAGGCUUGGGUUGAGUAUCUGCUAAUCAUCUAACUCUGCUGAAAUGCUGGGCACGCUGCUGUAACUAACCACAGAAAUAUGUGGUUUAGAUGGAGCAGUGGGAACCACCAGGAUAAAUAAAAGCUUCCCUGCAUAGGACAGGGGCUGGGAGUAAUUAAACACCAGUUCUAUAUCUGGAUGCUUUGCUAGGGAAUUUUUUUCUUUUGGGUAAGUCUCAAUAUGAAAUGUUUUACAUGACUUUUACAGUAUGCCUUUCACUUACAGCUAUUGCACCUCAUCAUGGCACCCAGCUUGUUUAGCUGUGGAACAAGAAAAAGCAGCUUGCUCAACUCUUCUCUUAGCACAAUUGGAUUAAGUUGUUUGUCCCCAGGCUUCCACAUGAAAAUACAUGUAUGUGUUACAGCUUCUAGUGUACAGAGUCAUAGCUGGAAGUUCUUGACACUUGCUGUGUUUCUCUGCUCUUCGCUCAGUGCAGCUGUUGGUAUUUCUGUGUCUGGCACAGCCGUAGCAUUAGCUGCUCUUCAUGCUUGUAGCUGCUUGCUGGACUAACUUCCUACCG